GGGAUUACAUUGAUCCGUUUGUAAAUUAUACUGUAUAUGUUUCUCGACACUCGGGAAACAUGCCAGCUUAGCGCCUUACCAAAAGGUUUGGCGCGUUGUCGAUGAGUGGCAGUUCUGAGGGUGAUUGCUAAUGGUGUUUUCUACGAUGGGAUAUUGCGGAGUCGAGUUUCAAAAUUUAACGACCUGUUUUGUUGUCUCUACAUUUUACUGGGCCCCUUUGAGUUUGGGUGGACUACAUGAAUAUAGUCUUGUGUUUAUUUUUUCCUAUAUCAUCUACUGUAUGCUAGGGACUGCAAAUCAUACCAUAUUUCCUUUCUGUUCAAACCUUGGCCUAGUAAACUUCAACUGCGCUGACAUAAGAUUAAAUCGCGUGCUCAACCGAGGCCUAAGGUUACCGGAAGCCCCGCAUCAAGUAUACUUACUAUAUCAAAGAGAUGGGCUAGUAAAUCCAAGAUAGAAUGAAUGUCCUUAUAUCCUCGUCCUAAAUUCAGUCGUGGUCAGUUGACAGCUCAAAACUCAAAAACACUCCUAACAGGUAGGCAGAUCGUUAUCUAGUCCCGUUUCCGAUUCAUCCGGCAUGGGCAACUGAAGUUAAAUAAGAAGUGCUCGGCGAAUCCUAGGCA